CGACAUGCCUCGUGUAGCCGUGCUGCUGCUGGCGCUGACGACGCUGGCGAGCGUCGCCCACGGCGCGCCGCCCCAAACGGAGGCCGCGGCGGGCAGGGCGCGCUACGACGGCCACCGCGUCUACCGCGUCCAGCCUGCCUCCAGCAGACACGUCGCCAUCCUCCAGGAAAUCCAGCGCCGAUACCCGCAGCUGGACUUCUGGACUCAGACCAUUGCAAUUUCGCGACCAGUGGACGUUAUGGUGCCCCCUGAACUGCAGGAACGAAUAACGGAAACAUUUAACGGAUAUGCCAUGCCCUACAGCAUCUUUAUUGACGACGUACAAAGACUGAUCGACAACGAGUCAUCGCACCGGCAGCGCGCCGCUGGCUUCGACUGGACUGACUACUAUCCGCUGGAGAACGUGUACUCGUGGCUGGACUCCCUGGUCGAGCAGUACCCCGGCGUGGUGUCCUCCGUGGUGAUCGGCAGCACGUUCGAGGGACGCGAGCAGCGCGGCGUCAAGAUCUCCUUCGGCGACGGCAAACCCGUCGUCUUUCUCGAGUCAGGGGCGCACGCACGGGAGUGGAUCACGGUGGCGACGGCCACGUACAUCGUGAACGAGCUGCUGACGAGCACCAACGCCACCUUCAGGGCGCUGGCCGAGAGCUUCGACUGGUACGUCGUGCCCAGCACCAACCCGGACGGCUACGAGUACACGCACACCUCGAACCGCAUGUGGCGCAAAACCCGAAGCCAGUCUGAUGAUCGGCUGUGUGUCGGCACAGACCCCAACCGUAACUGGGAUUACUACUGGCUGGACGAGGGCGCCAGCCCCAUAUCGUGCUCGGAGACGUACGCCGGCCCUUCGGUCUUCUCGGAGGUGGAGACGCGCACGCUCUCCGAGUUCCUGCAGAGCAUCUCCGACGACCUGCUGGUCUACCUCAGUCUGCACAGCUACUCCCAGCUGCUCAUGAUCCCCUACGGCCUCAACUACGAGCGACCAGACAACUACGACGAGCUGAUGGAAAUCGGUGGGAAGGCAGUGGACGCCCUGAAACAACGCUACGGCACGCAGUACCAAUAUGGAACCAUCUAUGACAUCAUCUACCCGGCCGCCGGCGGCUCCAUCGACUGGGUGAAGAAGGCGCUGGGCACGCGCUUCGUGUUCGAGUGGGAGCUGCGCGACGAGGGCCAGUACGGCUUCCUGCUGCCCGCGGACCAGAUCGUGCCCACCGCGCUAGAGACCAUCGACAGUAUGGUCGCCAUCCUGCAGGAAGCGGUGGCGCGCACCGCCAGCCGCUAGGGGAGCGACGCCCGGCUGUCGCACCAAAGAAGAAAGACUGCUCCAGACGGAAGUCAAGCAUUUACUCAAAUUGGAGGAGUAACUUCUUAAAAAAAGAGUCUUUGUGCUUGCCAAGAAAAAAAAGUGAAGAUCAC